AUGUCUGGUCAUCAUCACCACCAUGGAGGCGACGGGCAUGGCCACUGUCACGACGAACACGACCAUUCCAACGAUAUCACUCCCGCACUUCAAUCACUGCUCUAUUCGCAAAUUGAUUUUGAUUCAGUCACCACGUUGAACGAGGCGACGCCCAAGAGCGGUGCUGCUAUUCUCAAAAAAACCUGGGCCGAACGACUCAACGACCAGCCUGAGCUGGAGAGCGAUGCCGAUGAGCAGCUACUGAUGCACAUUCCAUUCACCGGCCAAGUCAAACUGCAUUCAAUCUUGAUGUACACGGCGCCCACCCCUGCUGCACCAAAGACUCUCAAACUGUUCAAGAAUCGCGACGAUCUGGACUUUUCAACCGCUUCUGAUCUUCCUCCCACGCAGACUAUCGAAGUCCCGCAGCCCGUGGCUGGUGAGGAUGUCUUUGAACUUCCACUGAACCGCGCCCACUGGAAUACCACCACCUCUAUCACCAUUUUUGUCGAGGAGAAUUGGAGUGACGGCGAUGAGGAUGUAUCCAAGGUUGGAUACGUUGGCUUCAAGGGCCAAUUCAUGGCGUUGAACCGGGAGCCGAUCAGCUUCUUAUACGAGGCCGCUGCUAAUCCCAGUGAUCACGUUUCUAUCCCGGGGAUCAGUGAUACUGGAGCUCGCACAAUGCCUGGGCAGUGA